GUGGUAUCAACUAACUUUUUUCAUUUCGCUUUUGUCUGGUAUCCUAGUAGCCCAGAGAAGAGUAGAGUAAAAACCAACAACACAUCAUUCCUCUCGCAGUGGCCGAGCACAUCGCCAUGCUGUCCUGCAAUAGCAGACGACAGCAGCCUCACUUUGACUUUCCCUCGUGCCUCGUGCCGAGAGUCAGUUAAUUGCUCGACCCCACUGCACUGCUGGAAUUCACCUGUUGCAAACUCCUUUCCAAACGCAGAAACAAACCAGAUGGAGUGAUCAAAAUCACCAGACCAUCACCAACACAACGCACCCGAUGGAGUGAUGAAAAUCACCAGGCCAUCACCAUUAGCAUCAUCGUUGACACACCAGAUGGAGUGACCAAAAUCACCAGACCAUCACCAUUUCAACGAUUUCAACUCGCGCGCGCAAGACCUUGAAGAGUACAUCAAACAAGUACCAGGAUACCAGACCUAGUUCUCGUCGUCGUUGGAUCCAACCGACGAGUCAUAGGAAGACUCAGAAUCAGAGUCACCAGAGUCAUAGUAGUCACCGAUUCCCAGUCCACCGGCACCAGCCUGAGAUUCACCACCGGGGUCAAUGCCAUCCAGAGCCUCGAGAAAAGUCAGGCUCCCCCCAUCGCCGAGAGCGCCGAGAAAGGCAUCGAGCAUGCUGCCAGUGCCGGUGCCGGAGGAAAGGUUCUCCUACCAACCGUUUCCUGGACCGGGACGGGGACGAGCGGCGCGGGGAGGACCACGACGAACGACCUCGGGCUCUGCAAAGUGGACUCGACGACGCUUGCUGCCGGUACUGGCGGUGUAGUCAGGGUCGUUAGUGUCGUCACGGUUGACAGGUGGGUCCGGGUAGACGAAGAGAUUGUUGUCACGGUUGAGUGUCGGAUCUGGGUAGACAGAGUUGUCAUCAUCGACAGUGCCAGGAUCAUGGACAAUGUCGCCAAAAUCACUGACAGUGUCGUCGUCGCUCAAGUUGUUCAAGUAUUGGGUGCCCGAAGGACCAGCCACGACCGGAAUGUCAUCUUGACCUUGGACAUUGUUCACAUUGUUGUUGUUGGCCCUCGAAGGACCGGCCUGGGCCUGAACGGCAAUUUGACGUUGGACAGGGUCAUUUACCCAAAUGUCAUUGAACUCCUCACAGGCAGCGUCAAUCAGUUCGACAUGUUGACCCUCGGAAUUCGGGACACUCCGCUCGAUUUGACCAGUUUUCAAAAGCCGUGCUCGGACAGCCUUGAACAUGAGCUUGAAGGAAGGCGAGCGACCGAUCCAGCAUUCGAGCCACUUCUUGUGCUGCGGAAACAACUCUCCAGCCUUUUUGAAAAUCUCCACCAUGAUCUUCCGGCGGAUUCGCUUAAGGCCUUCAUCUUUUGCCUCUUGUUCAAAGAACGUCUCGAGGCAGCGUUCGAUGGUGCCGCAGGUUUUCUGGGCAAACUGCGCAGCGUCUUUAUCUGUCAAGAACCAGAGGUUGGUGGCGAACAGUUGUCCCACUGACUUCUCUGCUUCAGCAGUCAGAGGUGGUUCGCAGCGCACGAUAGCUGACAGGAUCAAAAUGUCCACCGCGCCUCUCAGCUCUUCGCCUGGGGAGACCUUGUCGAUCCAGCGAAGGAGGACGGAGUAAUCGAAAGUGUACAGGUAUAGGAGGUACAGGUCGACAUGACGAGGGGUGAAGCGGAAGGGGUCGAGUAUGACCUUGGCCUGGUCAUUGUGUGCGUUAAUUUGGAUUCCCUAUAUCACGGUCACAUCGGUUAGCCGCCGGUCACUUCUGCGCAGCGAGGCACUGCUGAGGCUUGACUUACAACUUCACGACGAAAGUAGUCCGAGUAGCUCACAAAGGUACGAUGAGCUUUCCAGAUGUAGCGUCCACAUUGUAUGGUCGCAUCGAAAUCAUCCCGGUUUUGGUUAAGUAUCCUGCAUCAAAAGUCAGCCAGCUGCAUUCGAAGGUAAUGGACUGGGCGCGAAUCUUUGCUUUGCUUACUCGAGAUUGUGAAUGAUCUGAGGGUCCGACGCAUCAUUGCUGACCUGGUAGAGAUCGACAAGUUCGUGAGAGAACCAAUGCAGCUCAGUUUGAGUCGCAUCACCGACGACGUCAGGAGAUAGGUCCAUUGAGGUAGGUAAGUUGUGAGGUCGGGGUGAUGUCUCUUCGUCAGCCAUAGAUACAAGGGUAUGAGCAGCACUAGUGACGACAGCAAGAGAGUUGUCCAUUGGAAAAGGUGAGUUGCGAGGUUGGAAUGAUUCGUCUUCUUCGGAGAUCGAAGGAACCUUCAGAGCGGCACCAGUGACGACAGCAGGAGAGUUGUCCAUUGGGCCAGGUGAGUUGUAAGGACGGAGCGGUCUCUUCCCUUCAGCGAUGGGAGACAGGCCUGGAGGGGCAGCGCGAGGACGGAGGGAUACCUCUUCUUCAUUUCUAGCGACGAGGUCCCGACCAAAAGCGAGCUGGUCCUGAGGUCGCAAGCCCCUAACCAGCAUUGUCAAGGCUGUGAUAUGGUCGCGAUAUGCUCUCUCUGCGUCACUCAGUGGGCCACGAUGUUCCGCAGCAGAGGGCUGUUGGGCAGGGUGACCCGAAUUGCCAGGGGUUUGGGUAGGGCCUUCGGCGCCAGAGCCCUGCUGCGCAGGCUGAUCCGGUUGCUCAGACAUUAUUGCCGGACUCGAGACCACUCCUCAACACAAAGAGAGAGAGAGAUCUUGAGCCUUGAAGCAAAGAAUACCUGAGGGAACAGGAAAGAGGAACAAACUUGCAACUUGCCACCAGUGGAUGGUUGGAAUGUUGUUGAAGUGUGUGAACCAGUGAACAAAGUGAGAGAUGAAAGAAGAAGAAGAACUAAUUCAAACGUGAAAUAAGUAUGUUAACAAAAAUGGUGCUCGCAUGAUCGUGCGCCAGCCGAGAGAUAAUGUUGCCGUCUAAAUCUCGCCGCGUGGUUAAAACGUCUGAUAUCAAAAAGACAAAAUCACAUGUGGGCGCUCAUCAGCAAAGGGAGGGGAGAUGGGCGGGAGGAAGGCGCCAUGGGCGUGAAAGAUUCCGCGAAGGGAAAGACCGCCAGAGAACAGGACAACAGCCUGAGUUUUCAUACAUGCACUGGCAUUCCACGCGGUGUGCAACACCAGGCCUUGGUUCACAGCGAACAGACAGCAGGGUUGCGCGAGAGUUGUGGAAGUGGCAGCAGAAUACACAUAACUGUCGAUAGGCAAGCCGCGAGGCUGAGGUGGGGACAAGGACCUCAACAUGGGGCACGGGCAAGGACAAGGAGUACAAGUUGGUUGGUCAGCACCGAAUGGGAUAUCAAUCCACAUACUCGAGGAGAAAUCUCUGGAAAAGGUACGCAAGGCUGAAGAUUAAAGGGAUCACGGCUCUGAAAUUCAGGGGUAACAUCUCUCAGACCACGAGGCUGAGCAUAAAGAACAUAAACCACAGGCAAGACCAAGGAGUACAAGUUGGUUGAUCAGCACCGAAGGGGAGGUUCAAUCCAGAUUCUCGAGGAGAAACGCUCCCUCUGCAAAAGGUACGGCGAGGCUGAAGAUAAAGGGGAUCACCGCUCUGAGAUUCAGGGGCAAUAUCUCUUAGGCCGCGAGGCUGAGCAUAAAGAACAUGAGCCCCUGGCAGAGCAAGGAGGUGGUUGACCAACACCCAAUGGGAGGUCGAUACACCAUUCUCAAGGAGAAAUCUCUCUCUGCAAAAAGGUACGGCGAGGCUGAAGAUAAAAGGGAUAGGCACCCUGCAAUCUCAGCGGCAACAUGAUACUCACAGGCCAGGAGCCAUGCUGUGCCAUCCGCAAAUUGGGCUUUUUAUCACACCAAUAACUGCUUUCGUUUCAACCUGCACUCUUCGAGUCCAUCGAGAUGCUAUUCCCUGCCGAAGCAUUAGCAUGGUAGUUAUAUUGCUCGCCUGGGCCCAGCAUAUGAUUUGCCACGAUAUGUCAAAUGAAUCGAGUGGAAAAAAGAAAGGGGGGAGACGAAAAGGUCACGUGAUGGUACAGAAAGCCACAUUAUACAAACAGGAACAAUAACAGCAUGGGCAUUCCAUCAAGAGGACAUGGUUGCAUAUUUUUAUUGAGCAUUCAUAUAGGAACGACGAUUACCUAGAAUGCUGCCAAAGACUUGAUCUCGGUCUAGUCAGUCGGUCCUUCACAACUAAAAUAGAGACAAGAGAUCAUCAUUUGUCUUCUUACCACUCGC